GAUCUCCCAGCCGCGGCGCUUCCGUGGGGCAGCGGAGCAUCGCUACGCGCGGUGCUGGAGGUGUGGAGACGCCGGGGGUGGGCACCGGCGGAGGUGGGAGCCGAGGCGGAGCCGUGCCAGCCCCGUGCUGAGCUCCGCGCUGCGCCGAGGGACUGUACCCGCCGCGCAGCCAUGGCCGCCCCACCGCCGCCUCCGACGCCGCCCCGCCUCCCGCUCGCCUGAGGCGCGGCCGGCCACCGGGCAGGGACCAUGGCCAGCGCCGCCGAACCCCCAGGAAAGGCGGCCGAGUACCUGCGGGAGCUGACCCGGAUCGUCGCGGCGCAGCAAGAGCUGCUGGCGCGCCGGGGACGGCGCAUCGAGGAGCUGGAGCGCCAAGUGGCGCGGCUGAGCCGCGAGAACGCUGGCCUGCAGGAGUGGCACCGGCGACACCUGGCCGCGUGCGCCCGCCUCCCAGACCCGGGCCUCGGUCCUCAGUCUGUCGGCGCCAGCUCGGAGGUCAGCGGGCUCCGCGACAAGUCUGAAAGAGAAAGCUCCCACAGCAUCAGGGGACGACCACAGGAAGAGAAGAGGUUUGCAGAGUUUGGAGUUUGAAAAAAGUGAAGACCUGUGUGAAGAGGGCCCAGAAAGAGUGCUGAUAUAGCACUCGAGAUGCAAGGACUUUCU